CAGCAGGAUGAUCAGUCGAUUCCUAAUUGUUAAGUAAGUUGAGAGUUCGCGAGAGCGAAAAAAAAACUAUCGAAAAAUGAAGAGCAUCUUCGCGAUCGCGUUAGCACUGGCGGUUGUGGUUACGGAGGCUAGAGUCACGCCGGCCACCGAGACCGCUUCCACUAACACCAAUACCCAAGGGAAUCAAUUAACCGAACUUAUUAAUCAAGCCCAAAGCAACAUCAACAGUAUCACGAAACAAAUCCAAGAGAAACUGAACCUGCCCGAUCAAGAGAAGCUCCUGCAAAACGUUAAGGAACAAACGACCAACUUCGUGGCGACCUUUGAAACGUACUUGAAGAACGUUACAAAAGAGAUUCAAAGCAAAGGCCCCGAGUUGGAAACGGUGUGGAACGACGUGAAAGGGAAGAUCACCAAAGGCCUGGAUGAUGUUACCAGUGGAAACGCGAAGCAACAGCUAGCCGAAUUGGAGGAGAAAUUCAAGCUAGGUGUACAAGCGGUGCUCACAGAAUCCGAUAACACAGCGAAGACACUGAGUCAGCACUCGAGCAAGAUUCAGGACGAGAUCGCCAAGUUUACGAAACAGGCGGUCGACUUGACCGUAGAAGCCACACAGAACAUAAACAAUGUGCUUCAGCAAACCGCGGCUACUCCCAAAAAAGACUAAUUUCUUCGAUAUUUUCUUCCUCCGCAGUCCCUUCAUUCCCAGAUACCAGAAGUUUACAAGUUCGAAAGAAUUAGUCAUCCAUGAUAAAUAUCAAUCUGUAAUUAGUUCAUGAAAUAGUAAUUUCUCACCGAAGUAGAAUCGAACUUGUAACAGUUUCCCACGCGCUUCUGGUAAAGCAAAUUAACACCGAUCGAUCGAAGAUUCUUCGGUUACGUUUUAGAUUAAUACCGCCGUUACCGCCUUACAUGUGGAUCACUUGAUACUACAAUUGUGCUUGCACUUUGUGUGUAUACGUGUAUAAUGUAUAAUAAGCGCUAAAACAAAUACAUGUUACAAUCGGUUUAAC